UCCUGCAAACAUUCCCUAACAAUUAGAAUUAUUAUAAUGUCAUCAUAGUGGACUGCCCUCAUAUUGCUCUGCUGCUGCUGACUGGUGGUGAAAAGAAAGCUGAGAGAAAGCAACAUAUCAAAUUUCAACAACCAUAUCUAGUAUUAAAGGACCUCAAAAUGCCGCUAAAACCCGAGUACAAGGUAACCCUACUAGGUGCUGGAGGAGUUGGUAAGAGCGCACUGACUCUUCGAAUAAUAUCUGGCCAGUUCACACCUAGCUACAACCCAACCAUUGAGGAUUAUUAUCGCCACGACACUAACGUUGAAGGAGUUGGACAGUGCAUUGUGGAGAUACUAGACACUGCAGGAACAGAGCAGUUUGCUUCUAUGCGUCAGCUCUACAUCAACAGUGGAGACGCUUUUGCAUUAGUGUAUGCAAUUGAUAACCUGGACUCUUUCUUAGAAGUCAAGGAGAUAUACCAGCAGCUUGUGGAGAUGAAGAAACCCGAGGAGCUACUUGUUAUUUUAGUAGGGAAUAAGUGUGACCUCAAGUCAAAGAGAACCGUGUCAACACAAGAAGGCAUCCAGGCAGCUACCCAGAUGAAGAAAUGUCCAUUCCUGGAAACCUCAGCAAAAGAUGGCACGAAUGUCGAGGAAUUCUUUAACACUUUAGUGGCAGCCGUUGACAAGAAAGCAAGAGGGGAUGAGAAGGAUGGAAGACGGUCGUUUCGGCUAGGAUCUAGAGCAACUGGAAAAAGAGGGAGAAGCCGAUCACAGCCAGACUUACGAAAACACAAUUCUGUCGACUUUCAAAUGAGACCUGGUGAAUCAGCAGCACGUAAAUGUGUCAUACUCUAAGUAAUACUAAAUAGAUUUAAUAUAUUAUUUAUAUAUUAUGAUUAUUAUUAUUAUAUACAUGAGACUAUAAAGUAAUACAUUUUUGUUCCAUUUAUUUUUAAUACAAUCUGUGUGGACACAAGCCCUCAUGCUUGUUACUAUUAUUAUUAUUUUACAAAAA